AGAUUAUAUACGAAGUUUAUGUUAUAUUGAUCAGAAUUCACUUAUUAAUAUCUUGAUCAACUGCCAUUGAUAUCCCCAGAUAUCAACGUUCAAGUCAAUAAUGCAACUGGUUAGCAUCAUAUGCAUGGAGGCUGCGGCAGCAGACAGGAACAUCGAAGGAAAAUAUUCCAGGAAAUUAGAUCUUAGUGCCCCGCUUUUAUCUGCCAGGCGCCCGACAACACCUAGAAUUCGCAGGUUAAUUCACCCGAACACGAAUGAAAAUCGAAUUCCAUUUUCUUGGGAGGAGAGCGCGGGGAGGCCGAAGGAUAAUAAUCUGCAGCAGGCUGAUCACGGUAACGGGCUAAUCUGGCCCGUUCCCAAACCGCCUCCAGGGUGUCAAGGGGACAGAGAGCUUCUGUACUCCGACGCUCUUGACGUUUCCAUGUCAAGCGAAUCUUUUUCGUCAGAUAAUACAGCUGAUAGUAACAACAACAAUAACAACAACAAUAACAGCUAUAAGACUCGUAGAAAUAUGUUUUCGAGAGCGGAUGAUUUAGAGCCCGGGGAUUUGAUCUUUCUAAGGUUCUUGAAGGAUGCUAAGGCGCUAGCGACGGAUCCAUCGGUCAAUGGUGGUCAGCCUGAAUCAAGUUUUGCUCGAGCACUGGACGGGAGACAACUUUACUGCGAGUCUCUCACCAGCUGCACUGGCAAGGCGUGCGGCGGAUGGGACAUUCUUCUGCCAUGGCGGGUGAAGCCGGAGGCAACUGAUAGUGGCAAGUUGAGGAACUCCGUUGGGUUGGUGGCUUCUUCUAGAGUGGUAGAUGCCUCAUUGGGACACUAUUGUUAAAACCCAACAUAAGAGCGUAAUUAUGUUUUAAUUUUAAACUAAUAUACUAGUAGUUCCUUCCAAAUUUAUUCCCAAAUUAAUUUACAAUUUGUUGAA